AUGACAACAGCUGGGCCAGAUUUUGAACGUGCACCAACGUGUAGCGAUGAACCGAAUAUUCUCUAUGCCUGGGGUAGGGAUGCCCCUGAACUGCAUCUUCCCAAAGGCGUAGGUUUCAAAGUUGGCGGUGAUACGGGUAUCCAGUACAUUGUACUACAAGUACAUUACAUGACCAGACUUGGACCUGAUUAUUCCGGUGUGGCGAUCGAAUCAACCGUUGAGCCGAUGGAAAAGAGAGCGUCAACCCUUCUGAUGGUCACUGGAGGGACGCUGCCGCCCAAUGCUAAAGAAACAUUCGAAACGGCAUGCGUUAUUGACGAGGAUAUUGAAAUGCACCCAUUUGCAUUUCGCCCUCACACUCAUCGUCAUGGCGAAAUGGUUAGCUUCUGCAUAUUUUUCAGCCCGACAAAUUACUACCUCCCUCCCUCUUCGAAAAGAAGUUGAGU